AGAAAAUGAAAAAUUCGAUUCUUGCAGAGCAAGAAGGGUACGUUGAUUAAUCAAAUUAUCAAUUCAUUUCGUCGAAGGUUCACUUCUCUUUCAAAUUUUUCCGUUCUUCCAUCCUCUCUUCCCCGGAGGAGCAGCGGUUUCACACAAACUCAUCGCCGAUCCUAAUCACUUGUCGGCGCACCGCCGAUUGGUUUCUGGCUUCGGAAUGGGAAGAUACAGUUGGCACAAGCUGUGCCGGCUGCACUUUUUGUCAUCCACGGCUGUGGAAGCCGCCGGAAAUGGAGGAUAUAGCCUCCGUAGAAUCACUACAUUGUCUCCGUCUAAUCUUCCUUACCGCAUUACGCAGAGGUAUACGUCGAUUGGAAGACCUACUGGUGUUGGAAUGGUGGAGAUUCCGUUGCUACAGUGGAGAUGUUUUCAUGCUACAGGAUCCAUUCAUGCUAAGGAACAAAGCUAUUAUGAAGUUCUUGGCGUUCCUCAAAAUGCGAGCAAAGAAGAUAUAAAACGAGCCUUCCGUGUGUUGGCAAAGAAAUACCAUCCUGAUGCAAACAAGAACAACCCUUCUGCACAAAAGAAAUUCUUAGAGAUACGAGAAGCUUAUGAGACCCUGCAAGAUCCUGAGAAGAGAGCACAAUAUGACAUGGGGUUUAGAUCUGACGCUGAUGAUGCAACUGGAUUUCGAUAUGGUGCUAGCAGUGCAGGGAAUUUUAGAUCUUCUUACAAUACUGAUUUCUCAGAUUCAUUUCGGAAAAUAUUCUCCGAGAUAAUCUUUGAAGUGGAGAAUGAUCAAAUUUCCUCUGACAUUCAGGCAGAGGUAGUUCUUUCUUUCUCUGAAGCUGCAAGUGGGUGUACAAAACAACUGUCAUUUGAUGCGCAUAUGGCUUGUGAUUCUUGUGACGGGAGAGGCUAUCCUGCUAAUGCUGAGACAAGACUGUGUCCAACUUGUAGAGGAGUAGGGAAAGUUACUAUACCUCCAUUCACAACGUCAUGCAGUAUGUGUAAAGGGUCAGGACGGAUCAUUAAGGGACACUGCAAGUCUUGCAGAGGAUCUGGGGUAGUUGAGGGCAUUAAAGAAGUGAAAGUUACAAUUCCAGCAGGUGUGGAUUCAGGAGAUACAAUCCGUGUUCCAGCAGCUGGGAAUUUUGGGGGACGAAGAAGUCAACCAGGCAACCUGUUUAUACAUAUAAAGGUGGCCGAUGAUCCACUAUUUACUAGAGACGGAGCCGAUGUUUAUGUGGAUGCUAAUAUUAGUUUUAACCAAGCAAUUCUAGGUGGUGAAAUUGAGGUGCCAACUUUGUCAGGAAAGACGCAAGUACAAAUACCAAGGGGGGUUCAACAUGGACAACUUCUUGUAUUGAGACGCAAAGGACUGCCACGGCAUGGAUUUCUUGUGAACCAUGGAGAUCAAUAUGUGAGAUUUAGAAUCAACCUCCCAACGGAACUAAAUGAAAGACAAAGAGCUAUACUGGAAGAGUUUGCUGUGGAAGAGAUAAAGCACGAAAAUGAUACUUCCACUGAAACAGAUUGCUUCAGCGAUAUUGCUUCUGACUGGAUUAAAGAUCCUGAACUGGACGAGCACAGGCUUUAUCAGCAGCUAUCUACUGGUUGAACUUACAGGUGGCAGCGACUCCUUGAACAUGCCAAUAGUCCUAGAUUCAUGCUCGAGUUUUCGGUCCUCAUUCUAAUCAUGAUACUCCUCGGCAAGACGCUGGGCUGAAGAAAGUCCGCAAGCAAACAUGCCAGGAGGACGAAUUUGCCAUAACCUUCUUGUCAAUGUACAGAUUUCAUUGUUCCGGGGAGCCUCCGUCACAAGAAGGUCCUAGUAGCUGUCUCUCGAUGAGAAGGAUGAACUUCGACUCCUCGAGACAAUGGCGCAAUGUACUUGUCGAGCUUUGUGGACUAAUGAAAAAGCAAAAAGCAUAUGGCGCAAUUGCGAUUGCUAUUUGCCUUAUGGAUGGUUGUCAAAAGAAGUUUGCAGUCUUCCAAGCUAGUAAAUAUAGUAUAACAUUAUGUUGUACGUUGCCAACAUAUCAUAUUCGUUCUGAGCAGCUCAUAUCGUAGUCAAUUUGGAUAAUGGUGGUCACAAGUCAUAUGUAGGAUCGUGCGAGGGUGCUUGCUGGUAUUCUAUUUACAAAAUUUCUCACCUUGUUCAUCCACCAGACGCGAAGUUCUCGUGCUGCUAUCCAAUGGCCCCGAGUGUCUGGAAGAUGAUUCUCACAAUUGGGUUGUGAACAUCAUAUUCAGAGUUGUAAAUUAACCAAACCAUCUUCGUUUGGUUAGACCAGAUUCUGUUUUGUACAAGCAGCAAACUUAUAUGAAGUAAACGUUAUGUUGACAUCUAUUAUAGUAUUAUUAUUAGUACCAU